AUGUCUGGAGAGCAGAGAUCUCACCUGUAUAAGUGCCGUGCUCUGCGGGGCAGCUGUGGGAUGUGUCUGAAGGCCGACCCCAGGUUCGAGUGUGGCUGGUGUGUCCAGGAGAGGAAGUGCUCUCUGCGGCAGGAGUGCUCCCCACCUGACAGCACCUGGAUGCACGCCACCGCCGGGAACAGCCGCUGCACUCACCCCAAGAUCACCAAGCUGUACCCAGAGACGGGCCCUCGUCAGGGGGGCACCAGGCUGACCGUGCUGGGGGAGAACCUGGGGCUCCAGUUCCAGGACAUCCAGGUGGGGGUGAGGCUGGGCAAGGUGCCCUGUGUACCCCUGGAGGAGGAGUACGUCAGCGCAGAGAGGAUCGUGUGUCUGCUGAGCGAUGCCACAGGUUACCGUGUCCAGGAGGCGCAGGUUGAGGUGUGCGUGAGGGAGUGUGUGGCCCAAUACAGAGCAGUCUCCCCGCGACCUUUCACCUUCGUGACCCCCUUCUUCUCGCGGGUGCUCCCCGCCCAGGGGCCUCUGUCUGGGGGCACCAGGGUCACCAUCGAGGGAAACCACCUCAACGCUGGCUCCUCCAUCAGCAUCUACAUAGGACGCCAGCCAUGCCUCUUCAAAAGGAGGAGCUCUCGGGAGGUGGUGUGUGUGACCCCUGCAGGCGGUGCCCCCGCCAGCGUGCCCCUCCUGGUGGACAUCGACUCAGCAGAGCUGCGAAACCCUGAGGUCCACUUCAACUACACCCUGGACCCCACCGUGCUGCACAUAGAGCCUGACUGGAGCAUAGCCAGCGGAGGAACUCUGUUGACCAUCAGUGGCACCAACCUGGCCACCAUCCGAGAGCCGAAGAUCCGAGCCAGAUACGGCCAGGCGGAGUCUGUCCAUAACUGCACGGUCUACAACAGCUCGAUGAUGGUGUGUCUGGCUCCCUCGCUGGUAGACACUGAGCGGGGCUUCUCGGAGGCGGGCACUAGUCCAGACGAGCUGGGCUUCUACAUGGACAACGUCCAGGGCCUGCUGGUGGUCAACCACUCCUUCAGCUACUACCCCGACCCCGUGUUCGAACCCCUCAGCCCCUCUGGAGUCUUGGAGCUGAAGCCCACCUCCCCGCUCAUCCUCAAGGGUCGUCACCUGGUCCCGGCUGCUCCUGGUAACGGCCGGCUGAACUACACGGUCCUGAUCGGAGAGACUCCCUGUGUGCUCACUCUGUCUGAUGCCCAGCUGCUGUGCGAGUGGCCCAACCUCACAGGACAGCACAAGGUCACGGUCCGGGCGGGAGGGUUCGAGUACUCCCCAGGCUCGCUCCAGAUCUACUCUGACAGCCUCCUCACCCUGCCCGCCAUCGUCGGCAUCGGAGGGGGCGGCGGCCUGCUCCUAUUGGUCAUCAUCGCCGUGUUGAUAGCCUAUAAGAGGAAGUCCCGUGACGCGGACCGCACCCUGAAGCGUCUCCAGAUGCAGAUGGACAGUCUGGAGUCCAGGGUGGCACUGGAGUGCAAGGAGGCGUUUGCAGAGCUCCAGACAGAUAUCCACGAGCUGACCCAGGAGCUGGACGGUGCUGGGAUUCCCUUCCUGGAGUACCGGACCUACGCUAUGAGAGUUCUGUUCCCUGGGAUCGAGGAACACCCGGUUCUGAAGGAGAUGGAGGUCCAGGCCAACGUUGAGAAGGCCCUCACGCUGUUCGGCCAGCUGCUGACCAAGAAGCACUUCCUGUUGACCUUCAUCCGAACCCUGGAGGCGCAGCGCUCCUUCUCCAUGCGUGACCGUGGCAAUGUGGCGUCGCUGAUCAUGACGGCGCUGCAGGGAGAGAUGGAGUAUGCCACAGGCGUCCUCAAACAGCUGCUCUCUGACCUCAUCGACAAGAACCUGGAGAGCAAGAACCACCCCAAGCUACUGCUCAGGAGGACGGAGUCUGUGGCUGAGAAAAUGCUCACUAACUGGUUCACCUUCCUUUUAUAUAAGUUCCUGAAGGAGUGUGCAGGAGAGCCUCUCUUCAUGCUGUACUGUGCCAUCAAGCAGCAGAUGGAAAAGGGUCCUAUAGACGCCAUCACCGGAGAGGCCCGCUACUCCCUCAGCGAGGACAAGCUCAUACGACAGCAGAUCGACUACAAGACCCUGACGCUCCACUGUGUGAACCCGGAGAGCGAGAGUGCGUCGGAGGUGACAGUGAAGGGACUCAACUGUGACACCAUCACCCAGGUGAAGGAGAAGCUGCUGGACGCCGUCUACAAGGGCAGUCCUUACUCUCAGAGACCCAAGACCACCGACAUGGACCUGGAGUGGCGUCAGGGACGCUUGGCUAGGAUCAUCCUACAGGAUGAAGAUGUCACCACCAAGAUAGACAACGACUGGAAGAGACUCAAUACACUGGCUCACUAUCAGGUGACAGAUGGGUCGGUGAUUGCUCUGGUACCAAAGCAGAACUCAGCCUACAACAUCUCCAACUCCUCCACCUUCACCAAGAGCCUCAGCAGAUACGAGAGCAUGUUGCGGACAGCCAGCAGCCCAGACAGCCUGCGUUCUCGCACGCCCAUGAUCACCCCCGACCUGGAGAGCGGCACCAAGCUGUGGCACCUGGUGAAGAACCACGACCACACCGACCAGCGCGAGGGAGACCGCGGCAGCAAGAUGGUCUCCGAGAUCUACCUGACCCGCCUGCUGGCCACCAAGGGGACGCUGCAGAAGUUUGUGGACGACCUGUUUGAGACCAUCUUCAGCACGGCACACCGGGGCAGCGCCCUCCCGCUCGCCAUCAAGUACAUGUUCGACUUCCUGGACGAACAGGCGGACAAACACAGCAUCACCGACUCUGACGUGAGGCACACCUGGAAGAGCAACUGCCUUCCUCAGUUCUGGGUGAACGUGAUCAAGAACCCCCAGUUUGUGUUCGACAUCCACAAGAGCAGCAUCACGGACGCCUGUCUGUCGGUGGUGGCCCAGACCUUCAUGGACUCCUGCUCCACCUCGGAGCACAAGCUGGGCAAGGACUCCCCCUCCAACAAGCUGCUCUACGCCAAGGACAUCCCCAACUACAAGAGCUGGGUGGAGAGGUACUACUCAGACAUCUCCAGGAUGCCAGUCAUCAGUGAUCAGGACAUGAGUGCGUACCUGGCUGAACAGUCUCGCCUGCACCUGAGCCAGUUCAACAGCAUGAGCGCCCUGCAUGAGAUCUACUCCUACGUAGCCAAGUACAAGGAUGAGCUUCUGUCAGGGCUUCAGAAGGAUGACCAGUCUCGCAGACAGAGGCUACGGAGCAAGCUGGAACAGGUCAUAGACACCAUGAACCUGUCUAGCUGAGCGUCAGCCAAUCACAGAGACCCCUAACUCCAACACCACGCUGAAGGACUGCAGCGACACAGGAAGCAGACCACUGGAGACACCACAGACAGAUACACACAGAGUUUUGACCUGGCCCGACCUGGCCUGGUCUGGCCUGGCCUGGCCUGGUCUGGCCCUCACAUAUCUACACAUCUAGACUAGAGCUGACAAUCCUUCCGGUACCAAACACCCAUGAAAGGUGUUGAACCCAGAGCCUUCAGGUAACUACAGCCAAACACCUGAGACCCCCCACUUCUCCCAGGACUAGACCUGAACACCACCUGCUGUAGGUACCAGGACUAGACCUGAACACCACCUGCUGUAGGUACCAGGACUAGACCUGAACACCUCCUGCUGUAGGUACCAGGACUAGACCUGAACACCUCCUGCUGUAGGUACCAGGACUAGACCUGAACACCACCUGCUGUAGGUACCAGGACUAGACCUGAACACCACCUGCUGUAGGUACCAGGACUAGACCUGAACACCUCCUGGUAACAAUACAUCUACACACCCAGGACUAGACCUGAACACCACCUGCUGUAGUUACCAGGACUAGACCUGAACACCACCUGCUGUAGGUACCAGGACUAGACCUGAACACCUCCUGCUGUAGGUACCAGGACUAGACCUGAACACCACCUGCUGUAGGUACCAGGACUAGACCUGAACACCUCCUGCUGUAGGUACCAGGACUAGACCUGAACACCUCCUGGUAACAAUACAUCUACACACCCAGGACUAGACCUGAACACCACCUGCUGUAGUUACCAGGACUAGACCUGAUCACCACCUGCUGUAGGUACCAGGACUAGACCUGAUCCCCACCUGCUGUAGGUACCAGGACUAGACCUGAACACCUCCUGCUGUAGGUACCAGGACUAGACCUGAACACCUCCUGCUGCAGGUACCAGGACUAGACCUGAACACCUCCUGGUAACAAUACAUCUACACACCCAGGGCUAGACCUGAUCACCACCUGGAGUCUACACACCUUCUAAGGCUAGCCCAGAGCUGUGCUCCUGCUGGUACCUGUGUGUGUGUGUGUGUGAACGUGGGGGGGGGGGGGGUAGAUACAGACCCAACACUGAGGAGGAGGAAGAGGUGGGGGUGUCGAUGAACUAAAGGACUCCAGAGUAUUUCCCCCACCCCCCCGUCCAACGCCCCCACCCUUCCAGAUCAACAGACAUUUUCCUGUUACCAGGGUAACCAGUGACUCUCGUGGAUGUUUUUGGUUGUCCUGAUUUCAAGUUUAGUUUUUUUUCAAAUGUCCUUAAUUUUUUUAUUAUUAAUUUUGCCGUUUUAUUCAACUGCCUACCCCCCUCCAGUGCCCUGCCACUUGUGUCACUGCUGAAUUUGCACAAUUUACUAAAAAAAAAGCUACAUCAAAAGAAGAGGAUAUAUGAAUAUAUAUAGAUAUAUAAAUACAACUUCAUUUUUAAACAAACUUAUGAAAAUAUAGUUAAAAACAUUUUCCUUUUUCAUGUACAAAGUACUUUGAGAAAAGGAUUUGAUAUUUCAAAGAUGAGGAGGACAUGUUUGGUGCCAUGUUUGAUUUGAAUGUUGUUUAGUGCAAAUACUUUUUUUCUCUUUCGAUGAAAUGUUGUUACAUCUAGUGACUAAAUCUGAGCUUAAAACAGUAGUUCAGUUAAGAAAAAAGAAAAAAGAAGAAAAAAAAGAUUAGAAACAAAUCAACCGAAGACUGUCUUUUAUUUCUUCCAGUCCAGAGAGGGUGAACUCAGUCAAUACUUUACCUGAUAAAUGAUGUAUAAAGAUCUUCGUGUCAGAAACAAUCAACUCCUGUUUCACCUGGACCUUCUAGUACACAAGGAGAGUUCCAUAGAACACUUAGAAGGCCUGGGUACAGAGUUCCAUAGAACACUUAGAAGGCCUGAGUACAGAGUUCUAUAGAACACUUAGAAAGCCCGGGUACAGAGUUCCAUAGAACACUUAGAAAGCCCGCGUACAGAGUUCCAUAGAACACUUAGAAGGCCUGAGUACAGAGUUCUAUAGAACACUUACAACACUCACGGUAUUUUCCACAGUUCCAGAAGUUUUCAAAAGAACAGAAGUUCUCUGUGAUGUAACAAACCAUCUAUGACAGGUCAAGGAUCACCAAGGAUGUCAUCGUGACUCCAACUUGGUCUGUUAUGUUAACGGAACAACAACCACUUCUUACUGCAAGUUCUUGUUAGCUAUCAGAGCUGACACUCAACUCAUCGUUAUGUUAAUGCGAAGAUCCAGGUUUAUCACGGCUGGGUCGUGGAAACAGGAGUCUCUUUCUCUCCUUUUCCCUUUCUCCAUCUCUCUUUCCCCCCUAAUGUCUCUCUCCAUCUUUCUUUCUUCCUAAUCUCUCUCCAUCUCUCUUUCCCCAUCCCUCUCUUCGUAGUGGAGGGCUCUGAGCCAGGACCAUCCUCCCUCUCUUCUCGAGGAGCAGGAGGAGGAGGUAGAAUGACAAAUGCAGAGAUCUUUGAGUCCAGAUGAGAUCGUGACACAAACUCCUUAUCUAUCAAGGUUUCUAAUGAGUGAAGACGUUUCCUUUUAAGAUGCGCUACCUUUUCUUUUGUUCUUUUUUUCGUUGUCAGAAACUUGAUCUCCUUUGUCCUUGUGUCUUUCUAUGUGAAUAUUCCUCCUGGGUUCUGCCUCCCACACGGAACGCAGAACACGCCCCGCCCUGGGUUCUCCUGAGGUCCCCUCUACCAGGAUAGACUCUGACUUUGGAACGUCUUUCUAAACACCUUUAAACAGUCCCGUCUUGAAUCAGAGACGAGAGCAGGAACCAAACCAAUAACCUGUUACCCUUCAAUGCGAUUGGCCGGUUUGUAGAAGGCGUGGUCUUGGGAAGGUCAACCCACCAUUUGACACGAACGACAAGCAAAGCCCCUCCCGGUUCCUCAUCUUUCCUGGUUGGGCUCCUCCCCCCUCUGUACAGCCAAUCAUCCGCCUCAUCCGACAAAUCCUUCCUGGUUCUCCACCUCCUCCGUUCUGUCAUUGUGGCAGACAGACAGGCCGGCAGUUAGACAGACAGGCCGGCAGUUAGACAGCCAGGCCGGCAGUUAGACAGACAGGCCAGGCCGGCAGUUAGACAGACAGGCCAGGCCGGCAGUUAGACAGCCAGGCCGGCAGUUAGACAGACAGGCUGGCAGUUAGACAGACAGGCCGGCAGUUAGACAGACAGGCCGGCAGUUAGACAGCCAGGCCGGCAGGCUUUUUGGCAGGCAGACAGGCAGACUUUUUAGGCGACAGGCAGGUAGAUAGUUGGGACAGCAGGCAGACGCAGACAUACAGACAACUUUCUCUUUGCACCAAACCUUUACGCUUGUUCUCCUACCAUGCUUUCCUCCCUCUCUCUUCCCCCUCUCUUCCCUCCUCCCUCUCUUACCUCUCCUCUUCCUCCUCCCCCCCCCCCCCCCCCGUGACCCGGCAAUCACCCAGAAUGCAACACCUGUCGAAAGCACCCACGCUAAAACCCAGGCCGUGCCGUCUUCAUAUCGCACAGAUCCUCUCUCAUCUCUCCGCCUCAGCAGGACCUCCUGAUAACCUGCUUUCAGAUGGAGUCAACCAGGACAUGUGAUCAAACAUAGAAUGCCUACACAACACACGCACACACACACACUCACACACUCCCUCAGUCAGAGAAUUAAAAAAAUAUAUAAAUAAAAGAAAAGUGAAACUUAGAGUUUUAAUGCCUGGAAUCUGAUACCUUUUUAAGAGUUUCAGAGUUGAUAUAACCUGUGACGGGUUGGUUGUUUCAUGUUCAUGUAAAUAUUCAGCUCUUUCCUAUUUUGCAGAUUUAUUACGUGUAAAUAGAGGGGCAUACUGGAGAGAUUAAACAUGUUUUUAUACAUC